UUCCAACUUGUCAGACGUGCCUGAAGAACCAUGAUCAUCAUGGACGUCGUCCCGUGAGAACUACAAAACUUUUAAUGACACAGCUGCGAAAUCGCUGUUGUUGUGCAAGAAUGAAAAUAAGAUGUGGCCGUCAACAUGAGCUGCAGAACAAGUGCUUCCUCUUUUCCCUGUCGCUACUAAUUUUAUGUCUGUUGAAGCUGGUCUAUGUAAAAGUGACCGUGAAAAAGAAUUUUAUCAUCGAGCCAUAUGGAUAUAUUUUUAACACUUCGAGAAUCAAGCCCCGCAUGUAUGACGUUGACUGCAAAGCUAUUUAUGAACUGGAUCCAGUGGAGGUGGGAAAGUCCUUAGAAAUAAGGCAGAAAAACAAUGAGUAUUUAGAAGAUGAGAAAAUCGUAUCCUUGACGUCAGACUGUCAGACAUACAUUCAGUUGAGGAGAUAUGCGGAGAUACCUUUAUCAAGCAAGGAGCGGGAGUUCCCCCUUGCUUAUUCAUUAGUUGUGCAUAAGCACGCGUCAAUGGUAGAACGCCUUCUAAGGGCGGUCUACAUGCCUCACAACGUUUACUGUAUUCACUAUGAUCAGAAGUCCUCCAAAACAUUUAUAGCUGCUGUGGAGAACCUCUCCAAGUGUUUCCCCAAUGUCUUCAUCGCGUCCAAGCUGGAAUCGGUGCAGUAUGCCCACAUCACGAGGCUCAACGCCGACCUUAACUGUCUGUCAGACCUCCUCAAGGCCACGGUCAGGUGGAAGUACGUUAUCAACCUCUGUGGCCAGGACUUCCCCCUCAGGUCCAACUUUGAGCUGGUGAGCGAGCUGAAGAAACUGAAUGGGGCCAACAUGCUGGAGUCGAGCCGCCCCAGCGAGUUGAAGAAGCUGCGCUUUGGCUUCCAGCACGUGCUGAAAGACGUGCCUUACGAGUACCAGAAACUGCCCGUCAAGACCGCGCAGGCCAAAGACCCGCCCCCGCACAACAUCGAGAUGUUCAUUGGAAGUGCCUAUUUUGUCUUGUCGCACGAGUUUGUGAGCUACAUCAGCGACAGCCAGCUGGUGAAGGACUUCCUCGCCUGGUCAGAGGACACUUACUCCCCGGACGAGCACUUCUGGGCCACUCUGGUGCGAGUGCCCGGGGUCCCGGGCGAGAUCCCCCGGGCCGAGCCCGACGUCACGGACCUGAUGAGCAAGGCCAGGCUGGUGAAGUGGAGCUACCUGGAGGGGUCGCUGUACCCGGCCUGCACUGGCACCCACCAGCGCAGUGUCUGUAUCUACGGCACCGCGGAGCUGCGCUGGCUCCUCAGCUACGGCCACUGGUUCGCAAACAAGUUCGACCUCAAAGUGGAUCCUGUGCUCGUUAUGUGUUUGGAGGAGAUACUUGAAGAACAGCAGCAGCACUGGGUUAACGUGACGUCAAAGUGACCGUUUUCGAAGGGGGAGUUUGGUGGGGGUUAUUUAUUAGCUUGUGAAGGGAUUUAAUGUAUGAAGGUUUUUUUUUAAUGUCUGAUGUAACACUUUCCAGACAGUAUCACCACCUGCACUUUACAUUCCAGAUUUCAGGUACCGACUUUAGUACCAGAUCUAAACAUUGAUCUGCCUCAAAUCUUUUGUUUUGUUGCUGAGGACUGUGUACUUCCUGUACAUCUUGGUUGUCAGCAGGUUGGUAAAACCCAAAGUUAGUCACAUGAGAAGGAAAAUGAAUUUGUUAGAUUACUGCGGAUGACUACAUUUUGAAAGAAACACAAUUAGAGCAGUAUGUGUUGUUGGCCACGUAGACUUAAUUUCACAUUGCAAUAACCCUAUUAAUAAUUUCCCACUCUUAAGUGCAUUAUUGCUUUAUUGCUUUAUAUUUGUAGAAG